AUGACAUCUUCCAGCAAAACAGCUGAUUCGGCAAUCAAACGCCAGAAAAAGAAGUCCAUUGCAUCAAAUGUUCUGGAGGGCAGCCUUGUGUCAAGUGUCGGCAAGCAGGCUGCCCUGCUGCCUGCACCUACAUCAAUCGCGAUCGACAAGUCAAAGUCCAUGAAAGCUAUCUCGAACAACUUGCAGCGGAGAAUGAAUGUCUACGACAGCAGCUUUCACAAUCGCCAGGACUUGGGACACCCGGUGAACAAAGCAACCAAGGUACCAAUUACUCAUUACCCCAAGGUCCAUGCUUUGAAUAAUCGCUCAACAUUCUUGUCAGAUAUAACGGCACCCGAACACGAUACGCAUGUUCACAACCCGAUGUUGGGGAAAUUGGCUUGGUUCCAACCAUACGACCCAUCAGCACCUCCAAUUCAUAUCGCCGAAGCAGCUUGUACAGCUUUCGCUACCCGACUGCGUCAAGUCCUUACCAAGGAUACUAAUACAUCCCAUAUCACCCGAACCCAGUACACAUCUGAGGUAACUUUGAUGAAGCUGCGCAACCCAGCGCUACAAUGGCCCAGCCUGGCUCAAGCACGUCUCCUCAUCCAGGUCGUCUUCAACCAAGUAAGCAGGGUCUAUCACUUGGUGCUUCGAAAAUCCACCAUGGAUGAAUUGGAAAACGCAUACCGGAGGAGCAGUUUCGAUGAUCCAAUCUUGACUUGUAAAUUCUUCGCUCUGUUUGCUCUCGGGCAGGUCUAUUCGGUGCGGUCAAGUUUUAACCCCGAAUGUGGUGUGCCCGGGGCUUCGUUCUAUGCAAAUGCGAUGAUGUUGAUUCCCAUUUUGCCGGAACGACCGAGCCUUGCUCACAUUGAGUCUCUCCUGCUUUUGUCUUUAUACUCAUAUUUUCUGAAUCGCCGACACUCCGCAUUUGUCUUGAUUGGUAGCGCUAUGCGGGUGGGCUUGACUCUUGGACUUCACCACAACAUCCCUGAAAGCCAGUGCCCCGACCCGGUAGAUCGGCAGCAUCGCAUUCGACUGUGGUGGGCAAUAUAUGUCUAUGAUCGUAUUUACAGUUCUAAGGCUGGCUGGCCAAACCAACUUUCUGAUGAGGACAUCAAUGUCGAGAUGCCAUCGACUAUACCCGGUGCUGCUCAUGAGGAACAAUUUUCAGACACAGAAUUUCUCAACGCCAGUAUUGAACUCGCAAGAAUCACAGGCCAAGUGACGGAGAAAGUCUAUAGUCGCAAGAAGCAACCAGAUUCAUUCCUGCAGCGAGAGCAGAAGUUGUUGAUGUCGCUGAAACAGUGGUCCCAGGCUUUGCCGUCGCAUAUUCGUCUGAACCGUGAUGGACCACUCCCCAAGAAUGUUGUUUCAUUACAUCUUCAGUUUAAUCAGGUGGGCUAUCUUCAAGCAAGAGCCUUGUAUUUUGUGAUUAUAGCUGACGAAGACAAGUGCAUCAUUUUGGCCACGCGACCGAUCUUGCUUUAUACUCUUAUCCAAUCGAGGGAGGCCGGCCACGAAAAAAGUCCCGUCUCCAACGCCCAGACUCUCAAGACCCUGGGUGAUGCAUGCAUUCAUGCUGCAAGGAAUACGCACUCGCUGAUCGUAGAUGAGUGGGCCAACGGAACCCUGCCAAUCUUUGGUUACUUCUAUGCGCACUAUAUAUUCUCAUCUGCGCUGAUCAUGGUGGUCUCCAGUCAGAUCUACAACGAUCAUUGCAACGACUUUGCACUGCUCGAGACAGCGUACGAAAUUCUGCACGCCAUGAGCGACCAUGGAAAUCUAGCUGCGAAAGAGUUUUACGAGAACCUCGACUAUGUGCGAAAGUGUCUUGACAUCAUAGUCGACCCCACCGACUCUCACACUGACCCACGGGGCUCAGACCUGCCAGGCCACGCCCUGCCCGAGAUCACGGCCCCGGGGAAUCUGACCGAGAUGGACUUUUUAGGCGCAAAUAUGGAAGAAUUUUUAGCGCAACCCGAUGUCGAUUUGGGGCCACUGGACCCUUCGGGGUUGCCGAUCAAUGUGGCUGACGCGAUGCACUCGUGGCCGACAUAUUCCUUGUGGACUGCAUGA